AUGGUGGGCCUCCGGCUCGCUAAGACCUUGGGUGCCGAACGGCUGACGAUAUGUAGCGACUCCCAAUUAGUCGUCAACCAAGUGAUUACCGAAUUCGAGGCAAAAGACGAAUCCAUGGCGGCCUAUCUCGUGGAAACCCGCCAGUUGCUCGAUCAGUUCAACGCAUACCAAAUCCGGCAGAUCCCCAGAUCCGAGAAUAAUCAUGACGAUGCUCUCUCAAGGCUUGCUUCGGCAAUCGACGACCGCGCCGGACGCCACUUACCGGUCGAAGUCCUUGCUCGAAGGAGCACUACCGAAGCUGAGGUAAACGUCGUCCGGCAGAACCCUAGUUGGAUGGAUCCAAUCCACGCCCACCUCGCCAAUGGCACGCUAACGACUGACAAAACAGAGGCCAAAGCUAUUCAACACCGAUCAGCACGAUACCUUCUCUUGCAAAACGACCUCUACCGACGCGGCCACUCCCUACGUUGGCUACGAUGUGUUACUCCACAACGAGGGGACUAUGUCCUGCGAGAAAUUCACAAAGGCGCGUGUGGUGACCAUUCGAGAUCCCAAUCUUUGGCCUUCAAAGCUAUUCGGCAAGGCUAA